UGCCUGCGCGAAAACGACGAGCAGUAAUGGCUGUGCCGGCGACACUGCUCGAUCAAUGCACCAUUUGCAUGGAAGAACAACUCUUCUCGCAAGGCUUCUCACUACUCACCAGUGUGCUCCAUGCUGGUCUCGACACAAACGCGCCAGCAUGUAUACCACCACCGCCGCAUCUGGCACUGGCUUCAACUUUGGCUGUACAUCCAUCAAUGACUACGCGAACGGACGAUCAGGAUAAGCACGCUGCUGCCAAUGCUGCGCUGCGCUAUCUGCGAGACGUCGUCGCAGUAGUCGGUGUCGAGCAUGCGGGCAUCCGAGAGGCACUGCAAUAUGGAACGCCGCCCGCUCUUCGGAGCGACCGAUCCAGUCGAGCGAAAACGAGGCGUUCGAAUGCGGGUCAAGCCAGCGAUGAGGAAGUCGAGUCCGGGAAUCUGCGCAGCAAAUACAUCGAGGGGCAGUCGGUUGCUGAAAAUGCUCAAGACUUCUGGGCUGUUGUGGGUUGGGCGUUCAACUGCAGCGUCAGACACAAGGCGAGGUGGGAACGAUGGAGCGAGUGGUUGGAGUUGAUGUUGGAUGUGUUGGAAGAAGACUUGGAAAGAUAUUCUGCAAGAGGACAUAAAAGCCCCGAACUUGCGCACAGUCUGAUAGCGCAGUACAUGUCGAUAGUCGGUGCUGGUAGGAACAACAAGCGACGAGUCAUGCGUGCAGUGCUAGCAGAUGGUGACGCGAGGAGUAUGGCAGAGUUUGGCGAGAUAUGGAAGAAUGAGACGAGGCCAGUAAAGAAGGAGGAACUCCUGGGGAGCAAACGACGGAAGCUCGAUCUCGACAACGAUGACUAUGGCGACUAUUUGGAUAAUGAGUCCGAGGAGGACGAGCAGAUCAAAAGUAGAAUGUCACGCUCAAGGACAGCUCCCAAGAGCCGACGAAGUCGAACACCGGCCGAUUUGAGUGCAGCGAAAGAUGAGGACGACGAUGAUAUUGCGUUGGAGACUGCCAGUGAAGGCGAUGCCAUCGCAGAGUACGGUGGCAUGGAUUCCAUACGCCUGCGACAGAGAUUUCUAUCGCUGUUUACGAACUUCAGCCUCGUGGCGCCCAAUCUGUUCGUUGAUACCGAUGAGCUAUUUGCAAUAUACACCGAGUUCAUCAGACCACUGCCCUUGAGUAUUUUUCAGCAAUUCGCAUUGCCUUUGAGGCGGUAUCUGAGCCCCAAUCUCCAGGCCUCACUUAACGAGAUGCUCUUCCGUCCCCUACUGGGAACGACUUCCGCUGCGGGACUUAUCGAUCAAGCAGAGUUCGAGAACUCUUUCGCGAGCAGUGCAGCAACGAGCACUUCGGCCACAGACAAUGCCAAAGUGAGCUUGUUGACAGAAAGCAUGCUCCGAGCGUUAUGGACAACCGGCACCUUGACACCCAAUCUGUCGCAAUUAAAGGUGCUGGUUGAGCAAGGCGUCAAGCUGAGGCACGAUAAGGUCGCUGGCAAUGGUAGAAGGAAGACGGGGAAGACGGCUGAUGCAGAGGACGAUGCAAGGCUGGUCUUGGAGCAUUCGGGACAGAGAAUGAUGGUACUACUAAAUGUUCUUGCGCAGUAGGUAUCAUUACUGUCUUUGAGUGGAAAUGGAUGUAGCAGCCGUUGAAUAUCUCCAGCUUAUGAGCGGUGUGUUUGUACCAAGUGAAGAGUGAAAUUAAUAAGAGGGAGGUUGUGG